AUGCAAGCACAGUGGAUAGUAGGUGCAGGCAGAGAAGAGACCAAGCUGCUGAUGGCACUUUCUCUUUUUUAUAACAACCAGCUCUCAAGAGAACUAACCCCUUUUUAUAACAGCUAUUGGGAUAGCAAAAUCGAAAACCUAUGGACAGCAUCUACAACAAAGGUAACAAGGACUGACCAGGAACCAAGGCCAAGCUUCUGCAUAAUUGGUCUUGGCCAGAGCCCAUACUCCAGAUGCUGCUACUGCAAGGUCACACUGACCCUGGAAGUGGCUGAUAAAGACCCAAAGCAAAAUUCUGAUCAAAACCUUGGCCAUUACCGGUUUGAUGAAAGACUACAAUUCCCAGCAUGCCUCAAGGCCCCUCUGGAAAGACUUCGACUCCCAGCAUGCCCUAUUUUGGAACUCCGAGUCCCAGAAUGCAACGUUUCUUCUUGGGCUCAGAGGGACGUCGAGACUACAGUUCCCAGCAUGCAGCGCCGCCCCCUGUUCCUGGCCCCUCGCUGGGCCCUGUUUCGGAAGGGCCUUUUGGACUCCAGAGGGCGGUCCCUGGAGUCACAGACCACUUCGGGUGACAUGUCUGCAAGACAAUUCUUGCCCGUUGAGACUGUUCAGACGAAGCUUCGAAUGGAUGGGUCGGAACCUGGGCCGGGCUUCGUUCAGGCAGCGUUUGAGGCAGCCCCAACGGGGUCCUCCUGGGGCCUUCCUUCCUUUGAACUGCCGUGGCGGGCAGGCGCCCUGUCUUCAGCACUCCUUAGAGUGGGGGCCGCCAUCUCCAUGGUCACGACUAUGAGUGGGCCCUGCGCCGGCGGGGGGCGUGUGGCGCAUCAUAUCGCCUCCGCUCCAUCUUCACACUGUAAACACAAGGAUAUUUUACCUCCUGAACAUAAACCUGAUUGUCCCUAUGCCUCAUUAUCUCUUCUUGUUUUGGGCUGGAGGAUAGUUUCAAGCAUUGUUUGGUCCGUGCUGCUUCUGCCCAUCAGUGCUACAGUAUUUAUCAUUUUCAGCAGCAUCGAUCUGUUUCAUCCGGUACAGUGGUUGUCAGAUUCUUUCAGUGACCUAUAUAGUUCCUAUGUAAUCUUUUAUCUCUUGCUGCUGUCAGUGGUAAUUAUAAUAAUAAGCAUUUUCAACGUGGAGUUCUAUACAGUUGUGCCUUCCAUUCCCUGCUCCAGGCUGGCAUUGAUAGGGAAGAUUGUUCAUCCUCAGCAACUCAUGCACUCCUUUAUUCAUGCUGCAAUGGGAAUGGUGAUGGCUUGGUGUGCUGCAGUGAUAACCAAGGGCCGAUACAGUUUUCUUGUGAUUCCCUGCACUGGCACUGAGAGUUUAGGGAGCCCUGCUGCACGAUCCUGCUUAAAUGAGUAUCACCUUUUUUUCCUGCUGGCUGGAGCAUUUAUGGGCUACAGCUAUAGCCUUCUGUAUUUCAUUAACAACAUGAAUUAUCUUCCAUUUCCCAUCAUACAGCAAUUCAAGUUUUUGCGCUUUAGAAGAUCCUUGCUCCUACUAGUUAAACAUAGUUGUGUGGAAUCGUUAUUCCUCACUAGAAAUUUCUGCAUUGUGUAUUAUUUUCUAGGCCAUAUUCCCAAAGCUUGGAUUAGCACGGCUAUGGAUCUUCACAUAGAUGAGCAGUUUCAGAGGCCUCUUGACACUGUGAGUGGCCUCUUGAAUCUUUCAUUACUCUACCAUGUCUGGCUGUGUGGUGUCUUUCUUUUGACCACUUGGUACACCUCAUGGAUACUCUUCAAAAUCUAUGCCACAGAGGCUCACGUGUUCCCCGUUCAACCACCAUUUGUGGAAGAAUCAGAUGACUGCCUCCCUAGAGUUCUAAACAGCAAUCCUCCCCUCCUCAUAAAGUAUUUAGCCUUGCAGGACCUGAUGUUGCUUUCUCAGUAUUCUCCUUCACGAAGACAAGAAGUUUUUAGCCUUAGCCAACCAGGUGGACAUCCCCACAAUUGGACAGCCAUUUCAAGGGAGUGCUUGAACCUCUUACAUGAUAUGACUCAGAAACUGGUUCUCUGCCAAGAAGCUGCUGCUACGAAUGGGAGAGUAUCUUCAACUUAUCCGGUGGAACCUAAGAAACUCAAUUCUUCAGAAGAAACUACUUUUCAGACGCCAAAAUCUAGCCAGAUGCCUCGGCCCUCGGUGCCACCGUUAGUUAAAACUUCUCUGUUUUCUUCAAAAUUAUCUACACCUGAUGUUACAAGUCCUCUUGGGACCCCGUUUGGCUCUAGUGUAAUGAAUCGGAUGGCGGGCAUUUUUGAUGUAAACACCUGCUAUGGGUCACCACAGAGUCCUCAGCUAACAAGAAGAGGGCCAAGAUUAUGGACUUCUGCUUCUGAUCAGCAAAUGACUGAAUUUUCUAACCCUUCUCCAUGUACCUCUAUUAAUGCCGAGAAUAAGACAGUAAGGCAGCCCAGUGUUAUUUAUUCCUGGAUUCACAAUAAACGCGAACAGAUUAAGACUUUCUUAUCGAAACGGGUGCUGAUCAUGUAUUUUUUCAGUAAGCACCCAGAGGCCUCCAUUCAAGCUGUUUUCUCAGAUGCUCAAAUGCAUAUUUGGGCAUUAGAAGGUCUGUCUCACUUAGUAGCAGCAUCAUUUACAGAAGACAGAUUUGGAGUUGUCCAGACAACACUCCCAGCCAUCCUUAACACCUUGUUGACACUGCAAGAGGCAGUUGACAAAUACUUCAAGCUUCCUCAUGCUUCCAGUAAGCCAUCUCGGAUUUCAGGAAGCCUUGUGGAUACUUCUUAUAAAACUUUGAGAUUUGCAUUCCGGGCAUCACUAAAAACUGCCAUCUAUAGAAUAACUACUACGUUUGGUGAACAUCUGAAUGCUGUGCAAGCAUCUGCAGAACAUCAGAAAAGACUUCAACAGUUCUUGGAGUUCAAAGAAUAGUUAAGUAAUAUAAACUGUGUUCAUUACACUGCUGAUACAACUACAGAUGGGACAGUAAAUGUUCAGCAUUCUUGGAUCAGAAGAAAAUGGACUAAUUAGAUGCUUCCUUUGUCGUGGUGGUUGCUUUGAAAACUAUACUUUAAUGGGACAAAUCAUGGAAAGAAAUUCUCAACAGGAUAACCCAAAACUGCCUUUUCUGUACCGAUUGCUUUUUGUGUGUGUGGUAUAAUAAAAUCUUUAUUCAAUUUUACAGAAGCAUCUACGGCAGUAGAAAUGUCUCUAAGCUCAUAUAACUUAAUAACUCAAAAAUUUUUAGGAUUUACUUUUGAAAAGAGUGGAGCCAGUUCCGACACUGAAAUGUACAACACGAGGACUAUAGUUAAUAGUCUUACUGUUUGUCCUAAAAGCUUAGCUCUUGUAAGCUCAAAAUACAUAAACUUUUUUAGAGUAGUUUCUGUUUACUGAAGGAUAAAAAUGGUAACAGUGAAGAAAAAUUCAUAGAAAAAAUAUUGUCUAAAGGACAUGUUUUGUUAAUCUGUUAGGUUGUGUUUUUGUUUCCAGGGACAAAUUAAAUUUGCAUGAUUAUCCAAAAAAAAGUCUCAAUUUACAGAUGCUAACUCUAUAUAAAGGAAUGUGGAAAGCUCAGUUCUUAAGUUACAAGAUUAAACGUUCACAUUUGGUUUUUGAGAAACAGUUGACCGACAUCUAUGAAUUUAUUUUGUAUUAUGCUAGUAAACAAUAAGUUUAUGGAUAUUUUCCCAACUAGUUUUGCUUUCUUUUUCUGGAACAAAACAUUAAGUGACUGCAGAGCUUUUCAACUGAGAGAAAGUUUUGCAAGAAAUACCAAUAAACUCUCUCUUUUUUCCCUCCACCGUUCAUCUUCAUUAGAUCAAAUUAUUUCAUGAAGUUUGUCCGGCCUCAGAGGGAGCAGCUUCUUCUGUGUUAACUGUCUAAUUAAAAUAUAUUAGGAAAAUCUUUGUAGCCAGAAAGAACUUAGUCAUCAAAUAGUAAGUGAAACCGAAACGUCAGAAAGAUGACUGUGCUUGGGAGUAUGUCCCAAAUGUGAGCGAGGUCAUUUUAUAAUUUAUUUGAUUGAUUUCUUUGGAGAUGAAAGAUUUGACAUCCUAGUGGUAGAUAUUCAUUGGAGUAGCUUUGGAUAGAAAUGCUCCCUUGUGGUUCUUUUCACAUUUUCUUUUCUCUCCACUGUCCCCAAUUUUUUCUUUAAAGUCACACAGCAUUGGUUAUGAAUCUUUAAUGUGGUGUGUGUGUGUGUGUGUGUGUGUGUAUAUAUAUAUAUAUACAUGUCUACCAUUUGUUUGAUUCAUUCAUGUAUAAUAUCUUACAAUAGAAUAUUUUAGCUCCAGGCCCUGUAGCCCCUUCAAUUAGCAUAUGCCAAACUAUAAAUGAAUCCUGCUGGCCUUUAAAGUCUCUAUGGGACAGUUUCCCAAUUGUCAAAUGUUUGGAUAGUUAGUCUAUUGUCAUUUGCUUUUUGUUUUUUUGUUUUGCAUCCGAAGUUGAGUUGAUUCAGUCUCCGUUUUAUUUUUUACUUUUUUGCGGUGCGUGUGGUCUUUCAGACAGGAUCUCACCAUUUCACAGUCCUCGUGCCUCUGCUUUCCAAGGUGCAGGGCCUAGGCACAUCUCACUGCUCUGACUCUUUCAGGUGGAGUCUCUCUGUGUUGCCCACUCUGCAUGCUCACGAUCUUCUGCCUCAGCCUCCGAAGCAGGUGGGAUC